UGUCCUCAUUUCCCCUGGAUGCAGUUCCGUGGAGACGAUUGACAGACAAACCGUCUUGGUGAGAGCAUAACGGUAAACGAUGACUGCAUACAUUGUCUUGGCCGUUUUCAGCUUGAUGGUACCUGCCUGGGCUCCUGUUCCGCCUGGCUAUGUGUUCGACAUUUCCCCUGAAUGCGGUGUUGACGGCGUUGCCGAUGGUUUCGUCACGAUAAUGACUGACAUGGGCAUGGAAGCGAAGGCCAUUUGUGCGGGAGGAAAGGAAGUUCUGUUUAGCACGGAGGAUUUUGUGUUCUUUGGACUCCCAAUAUCAUACCCGGGCAAGGGAUCUUCCCCUUGUGUGUUUGAGAAAAAGCCAAACGCAAAAGUGUUCACGAUCGAGAUCCAUGUUUCAUUUGGGGAAGCAGGCCAGCGUCUUCACUCCCCGGAAGAUGAGUUUAAGCUAUCGUGCUCCUUCCAGCCAGAAGGGAAGAAAGGCAGUAAGCCUCUUAAAGUCUCCCCACCAGUCAGUGCUCCGCUGGUGCUUCAAGGCAAUAAGCCGCCGGUGAGCAAAUCGCAUAUCAAAGUCAUGAUGGUAGAUGUGCUGGGCAGACCUCUCACGGGCGGGUCCAUCGCAGCCGGCAAGAUGGUGCGACUGAAGGCCUUCACCUUGACCCCCGGCGACAAGGGGAUCCAGGCAGUAUCUUGCAACGCCGUUGAUUCCAAAGGAAACAAGUUGUCGAUGCUAAGGGAUGGCUGCGGCGACGGUAUGAUCCUAGCGAAGGACAAGGGGUUCGUCACCAAGGGAACGGUGGCCCUCAGUUACUUUUUCAGAGUAUUUACUAUCAACGGUGACGCAGGACUUCAGUUUGAGUGCAAAUUCUCAGUUUGUUCUAAAGCAUGUGACGGGGCGUCGUGUGUCAAGUCAGGUGCAGGUCGUAGACGAAGAGCAGUUGCAGUCUUGACAGGACCGAAAGAGUCGCCUCUGAAGAACAUGCUGUGGACGUGGAGGACCCAAGCAACGUCGGCGGCCUACACGCUGACUGGCAGCAGCUUCGGGGAGUCCCAGAACAGGCGAUGAUCGACGCCACCCGUUUUUAUGCUUUUAUUUGGUGGCUGUCUUAAUAAACAAAACAAACAAA